AUGUCUUCCGUCAAAGAAUACUCUCUCUUCUGUCUGGAGAACCCUCUCCUCGACAUCCAGGCUCAGGGUGACCAGGCUCUUCUUGACAAGUAUGGCCUGAAGCCCAAUGACGCUAUUCUUGCUGAGGAAAAGCACAUCCCUCUCUACGAAGAUCUCCUCAACAACUACGAUGCCAAGCUCAUUGCUGGCGGUGCCGCCCAGAACAGCGCCCGAGGUGCUCAGUACAUCCUCCCUCCUAACAGCGUUGUCUACGUUGGUGGCGCUGGUGACGACAAGUACUCUGCUAUCCUCCACGAUGCUGUCAAGGCUGCUGGUCUCCGUGUCGAGUACCGAGUCGACCCUAAGGAGAAGACUGGCCGCUGUGGUGCCAUCAUCACCGGCCACAACCGAAGCUUGUGCACUGAUCUCGGUGCUGCCAACCACUACGAUCUUGACCACCUGAAGAAGCCUGAGAUCUGGAAGCUCGUUGAGAACGCCGAGGUCUACUACGUUGGUGGUUUCCACUUCACUGUCUGCCCUCCUGCCAUUAUGGAACUCGCCAAGCAGGCUGCUAAGAACAACAAGCCUUUUGUUCUCUCGCUGUCUGCUCCGUUCAUUCCCCAGUUCUUCAAGGAUCCUGUCGAUGCCAGCGCCCCUUACUGGGACUACAUCAUUGGCAACGAGACUGAGGCCGCCGCUUACGCCGAGUCCCACGAUCUCCCCAGCAAGGAGCCAAAGGAUGUUGCCAAGCACCUUGCCAACCUCCCUAAGGAGAACAAGCAGAGAAAGCGAAUCGCCAUCAUCACCCAAGGCACCGACCCUACACUGGUUGCUAUCCAGGGUGAGGACGACAUCAAGGAGUUCCCCGUCCACGCCAUUGAGACGGAGAAGAUCAACGACACCAACGGCGCUGGUGACGCCUUCGCCGGUGGUCUCCUGGCUGGUAUCCUCCAGGGCAAGCCUCUUGAGACCAGCAUCGACAUGGGCCAGUGGCUCGCUCGUUUGAGCAUCCAGGAGCUCGGACCUUCAUACCCCUUCCCCAAGCAGACCUACCAGGCUGCUUAA